AAAUUGUAUUCUCAUCAGCUUCACACCACUCAAAAACCAAUUCACACCCACUCCCAUUACACCAAAACACCUCCAACCACCACCAUGUCCACCACCGCCUUCAUCAUUUUGGACCUACAGCAGGGCAUCAUCCCCAUGAUCGGGGAUAUUGAUCGCGACGGCUAUCUCAAACGCGUGGCACAGACUGCCCAGCAAGCACGUGAAGCCGGAGUCCAAGUGAUUCACGUCCGAACAGCCUUUCGAUCAGGAUAUGAAGAUCUGGCCACCAAAAACAAGUUCAUGGGUGGUCUCUCCACUAUGGGGGAGGGAGUUUUUACCGAAGGCCACCCUUCGGUGGACUUUGAUCCAGCCGUCGCUCCUCCCGCUGGCUCAAAGGACAUUGUCAUCACCAAGAAGAGAACUUCGGCCUUUGCCGGCUCUGAUUUGGAUGUGAUCCUCAGAAGUCUGAAAAUCGAUACCCUGGCGCUUGCGGGUGUGGCUACUAGCGGCGCAGUCUUGUCGACUUUGAGACAGGCUGGUGACUUAGACUUCAUCAUUACUAUUGUGGAGGAUCUUUGUCUGGAUCGUGACCCAGAGGUGCAUCGGGUGUUGACGGAAAAGGUGUUUCCUAGACAGGCAACCAUUUCUUCGGCCAAGGAAUGGAUCGAGUCACUGAACUAGCGGAAUUGAGGGAGUGUUGCGGUGACCUGGCGGAGUUGAGGGGCCAUGCUCCCGCACUCACGGAGUUGAGAGUAUGGGCUGGGCUGGCGGAGUUGAGAAAGGAUCGGAUCCACCCAGGCCUGUGGGAUAGAUAGUUCAAUGAAAAGGAGCGCCGGUUGUCACGGAUUUACUGUC